AUGGAACAAAUAAGAAGAGUAGAUAAUAAUAAAAGACAAAAAUUAUUACUAAUAACAAAAUUUGAAAAUUUAUCAAAUGAACUUUUAUUUGAAAUAUUUGAAUACUUAUACUUUCAUGAAUCAUUAUAUCUUAAUAAAAUUCAAUGUAAUGCAAUUGAAAUAAUUUUAAAUUCAUUAAAAUCAUUACCAAUGUUAACUUCAUUAGCAACAAAACCAAAUAACUUAUUAUCUUAUAUUCCAAAUAUACGACAAUUAUCGUUGAAGAAUAUUGAUAGACGUAAUACAAUUCGAACACAUAACCAAACAAUUAUUUUAAAUGAUUUAACUCAUGUAUCUCUCAAAUUGUAUUCUAUCCAUUUUAAUGUUUUUGAAUUAUUAGUGAAAGACUUUUUUCGAUUAGUACAAGUUUUAUGUCUUACAUCAUUAUAUUAUGGUUUUGUUGAAAAUCAAGAAUAUUUAGAUGCGCAUUUUUGAACAAAUCCUCUUUCAUUUGAACAAAAUCAACAAUUUCAAUCUGUAUUGCAUGCUAAUAGAAUUAAAAAUGUUACAAUCAGAAAAGAAAUAACAUUAGAUAAAAUGAAAUUAUGUACUCAUCUUUUCUCUCAAUUGGAAUCCUUAACAAUUAGUUUAUGUAAAACUGAUUUAGAAUCGAUUGUUAUAUUUAUUCUAUUGGAAUUGCAACAUCAUAUUCGUUAUUUAUCAUCAUUAUGUAUUUCAAAACAACAUAAAGAUUUUUUAGAACCAAUGAAAAAUUUAAUUGAUUCAGAAAAACUUAUUCCAAAUUACACAAUAAAACUUAUUAAUAAAAGAGUUCAUUUGUGGUGGUAA